CUUCUGAAUUUUGCUCAAGUGUAGUUACUGGUGAAGUUUGCCAUUUGACAGUUCCCCAAUGCUGUUAACAUGUCUAUUAUACUGAAAAACAAAGAAGUUAUACAAUCUAGCCCAUGUCCAGCAUUUUAACUCUUACAGCUUCUAACAUUGGAAAUUGACAAUUCCUGCAUUCAAUACCUUUUCCACCCUCAGCAUAUGUUGAUCAAUUGUUUUACAUUUCUAGUUCUUAAUGCUUUUUGGAAAUCUGUCAUGAGUUUACUUCAAGAUAUAUAGGACCUACUAAUCUUGAUAUUCUUAGAAUUUCUUCCUUGAAUUUCUGUAGGACCUACUCAAGUUGCAUUUGGUUAUGGAGGUUCAUCAUCUGCAUUGAAAUCGUAUGGCCCUCUCAAGGGUCAUAAAAAGUUUGACAGCUCAAUGUCCAACGGUGGUACGGGCGUGCAGCGAGUGCAGAAAGAAUACACUGAGCCAUGGGAUUAUUAUACCAACUAUCCUACGACUCUUCCCUUGAGGAGGCCCUAUUCGGGAAAUCCAGAACUUCUUGACGAGGAAGAAUUUGGGGAAGCCUCGCGAAGCUCGAGUUACGAUGAAAAUACCAUAAAACCAGCCAUGGAGCUUGGUCUAAUGGAGGAGAAUCUCGAGGAAAAGAUGUUCUUCAUUCAAUUACCAACGGCCAUGCCAAUGUUGAAGCAAUCGAUUAAAACAGAAGGCAGUGAGGCGAGCAGCUCAAGGCCUUCAAAGGCUAAGGCCUAUAGUAUAAACGAAUUACCUAGGGGCUUCAUGGGUAAAAUGUUAGUGUACAAGAGUGGUGCGAUUAAAUUGAAGCUUGGUGAUACCCUUUAUGAUGUUUCUCCAGGUAUGGAUUGUUCGUUUGCCCAGGAUGUUGUCGCUGUUAAUACAGAAGAGAAGCAUUGUUCUAACAUUGGGGAGCUUACUAAACGUAUCAUUAUAACACCAGAUGUUGACUCAAUCUUGGAUUCUAUUUGAUUUAUUUGUGAUGGUUUGCUUUCUUGUUAUUAUGCUUCAGUUAUACAUAUAGCAAUUGGUAUUUCCUAUUUGAAGUUAGAAGAGGUUAGUUUCUAUCUCACAUAUGCAUUUAGUUGAACAUUUACCAUAAAUUAAUGAAAAUUCUUUAUUUUUUACUUGA